GACUGGAAUGAAAGAUGUCCCAGCAAGAAUUUGACAACAUUAACAUUGAGAUUUCUAUACAAUCAACUACCUCGACACGAUUUUUAUGUAAAGCAUGUGGCUAACAAACUUGCCCCACCUGGCAUUGAUCACGGCAUUAGUCUGCUGUGAUGCAUUAGGUUGUGGCAGCGAAAGGGCAACUAAACCCAACGACGUUGAGCGUGAUGCCAGCUAUUGGAUGGACAAGGCGCAGCAGCAGCUGGCUGUGCGUCUGAUGCGUAGUCGAGAGGCGGGUGGGGGCGACAGUCGAGUGGCCAGGAACGUUAUAAUGUUAAUGGGCGAUGGCUUGUCUAUUACCACGUUAACAGCGGCACGAAUACUAAAGGGUCAGCAUGCCGGCUACAGCGGCGAGGAGGCUCAGCUGGCCGUGGAGCAGUUCCCGUAUUCUGGUCUAUGUAAGACCUACUGCACGGACAGCCAGACGGCGGAUUCGGCAUGCGCGGCAACAGCAUGUCUCACCGGCAUAAAGACCAACUACGGCACCAUUGGACAGAGUGCUCAAGGUGUCAAGGUGGAGUCAAUUCUGAACUGGGCUCAACGCGCCGACAAGGCAACUGGCAUUGUGACCACCACGCGACUGACGGACGCCAGUCCGGCAGCCGGCUAUGCGCACGUGCAGAGGCGUUCACAGGAGCUGGACAUAGCACGGCAGCUGAUCGAGGAUGCACCAGGACGGCAUCUGGAUGUAAUCCUUGGCGGCGGCCUGGGUAAGUUUGCCAGCGAGCGUAGCGAUGGACGGGAUUUGCUUAAACAGUGGCGGACAGCAAAUCCUGACGGAUGUUUUGCCCGCACGUUGAGCGAGCUGCGCGACUGCGGUGCCACCAAUGGCAGCCUGUUGGGCGUUUUCAGUGAUAACCAUAUGGCCUACCAUUUGGCUGCAUCCAAAGGUCAGCCGCGGCUCCGCGACAUGACAGAAGCUGCUAUUAAGCGGCUGGAACAGGAGCCUCAAGGCUACUUUGUAUUUAUUGAAGGCGGUCGCAUCGAUCAUGGACAUCACGAGACACGGGCCGGCUAUGCGCUGGACGAGAUGCUCGAGCUUGAUGAGGCCAUCGAGGUGGCACUGCAACUGACAAAUCCCAAUGAAACGCUGAUUGUUGUUACGGCGGAUCAUUCGCAUACACUCAGCAUGGCUGGCUAUGCCAAUCGAGGGACAGCCAUAUUAGGUCUAGAUCCCAGCCAACGCGACUUGGACGGCAUACCCUACAGCACGCUCAACUAUGCCAUUGGCAAGUGGCAGAGCCUCAACAAGGCCGGCAAACGGGAGAAUCCUGCACCGCAUCUGAGCAAAACAUCCUUUACGCCCAGCUAUAUACAUGCGAAGGGYGUACAUUCUGGCGAAGAUGUGGCUGUGUUUGCGUUGGGUCCCCAGGCCCAUCUCUUUAGUGGCGUCAUGGAGCAAAAUCUGUUGGCACACCUGAUGGCAUAUGCAGCCUGCAUGGGCCAUGGCGCCACAAUCUGCGACGCAUCCCCUUAGAUAUAUCCACAUGCACGUUCAGUUCAAUUUUUAUUAAUGUAAAUUUCUGUGUAGUGUUUUGUGCAU